AUGACACUUGAAAUAAAUUUCAAUGAAAAUAUUAUAAAUCACAUUAACAAAUUUUCAACUGACUUAAAUAAUGAACAAAAAAAAGCCUACUUUCUUGUAUACAACCAUCAGCAAAGAAACUAUCCAACUAGUAUGAAUAAACCUUCUCAAUUACUUCUAUACCUUUCUGCACCUACUGGAGUCACAGCUUCGAACAUCUCUGGUCAUACAAUUCAUUCAGCAUGCAGAUUUGGAUUUGGAGAAAAUCACAAACAUACAAAUACUUUGUCAAAUAAAUUACUACACCAAUUACAAGAAUUCUGGUCUAAAAUAGAAUAUAUCAUUAUAGAUGAAAUUUCUAUGAUUGGUCAAACCCUUUUCGCUCAAUUUCAUGCUUUUUUGAAAAAAAUAAAAGCAACAGACAAUCACAUCCCAUUCACUGGAAUGAAUAUUCUUUUUGCUAGUGACUUUAUACAAUUACCUCCAGUUCUAGACCCUGCACUUUAUAUGCCAAACAAAAUUACUCAUAUCAGUUCCUCACCUGAUUCACAAUCUUUAAAAUACACAAAACAGAAACACUCAAUUAGACCUUCAUCAAUCAAUUCAAAAUCAGUUACAAAUGCAGCAGGAAGAAGCCUUUGGCUAGAUGUCAAACAUAUGAUUUUUUUAAAAAAACCAAUGUGCCAGAUUGAAGAUCUAUUAUUUGCUAACAUUCUUGAAAAUAUACGCAAUAAAGACCUCACUGAAAGUCAUAGAUCUCUCAUACAAUCAAGGAUCCUUAAAGAUAAUCAAAUUAUCAUUCCAGAAUGGAAAGACGCCACUUUCCUAGUAACAAGGAAUGAUAUUCGAGUUCAACUCAAUUUUGAUGCAACAAGGGAGCAUGCAUGUCAUUUCAAUCAACUCCUCAUAUACUCUUGUGCGAUAGACUUCUAUAAUCGAACAAUUCUUAAUAGAAAAAUCCGUUUAAAAUUCCUAUCUACUCCUGAUAUUAAUGAAAAUGCACUUUGUGGUAUUUUACCUUUAUCUAUUGGUAUGAAAGUUAUUCUAACUGUUAACAUAUGUACAAAUGAUAAUUUAGCUAAUAGAACUCAAGGAAUUCUCCAACAAAUUAUUUAUGACAUGAACACUAUUGACCUUCAUUCAUCUUCCCUUCAUGAAAAAAUUAUUGUAUUAAAAAAUCCUCCAAAAUAUGUUGUAAUAGAAUUGACUUAUAUGAUUUGUGAAUCCUACAAGAAUCUUCACUCUAAUCAUGUACCUGUCUAUCCAAUUAAAUGCAGCUGCAUUAUAAGUGCCAAGGAUGAACUCUCCAAAAAGUUAUUAUUGAUUUAG